UUUUUUAUAUCAUCGUUAAUUCACAACCUCACUCACCCUGGCUCACGCACUCUGGGUUACCACUUUGCACAGACAAAAGCAGAGAAACAAAGAAACGAAACUCAGGUAGAGGGAGAAAAGGCUACGGUUACGGUCACAGUCAUAGACAGCUCUGCUAGGAAAUUGAAACUGAUUGGAAUUUUCAUUUGUUGUUUUUAAAAUAAACAAAAUUUAGUAAAUAACAAUUCGUGAAGAUGGUGAGGAUAAUUCCCAUGGCAUCGUCCUCAAUACGACCUUCGUUAUCUCCGUUUAGGUGCUCAAGCGGUGUUUCUUCAUCGCGGUUUGGUGUUUCCCUUUCUCCGGUUCACCUUCACCGGCACCUCGGUUUCUCUAAUCUCGGCAGCGUUGUUCCGCAGUCGCAAUUCUUUGGUUUCAAAGCCUCUAAGAUGUCGAGAACUGAAGAAACUAAGCUAGGGAAGCCUCUGGUUGGAAAUGUGGUACGAGCAAGCACGGCUGCUGCACAAGAAACCGAGGCCCUAGAGUGGGUUGAAAAGGACAAACGAAGAAUGCUCCAUGUCGUUUAUCGAGUUGGGGAUUUGGAUAGGACCAUCAAAUUCUAUACUGAGUGUCUGGGGAUGAAGCUGUUGAGGAAACGGGACAUACCAGAGGAGAGAUACACGAACGCCUUUCUUGGAUAUGGGCCAGAAGAUUCUCACUUCGUUAUUGAACUCACUUAUAAUUAUGGAGUUGACAAAUAUGACAUUGGAACUGCAUUUGGUCAUUUCGGUAUUGCUGUUGAGGAUGUUGCCAAGACCGUGGAACUCGUAAAGGCCAAGGGUGGAAAAGUAACCCGAGAACCUGGUCCGGUGAAAGGUGGUUCUACUGUAAUUGCAUUUAUUGAGGAUCCUGAUGGUUACAAGUUUGAACUGCUUGAAAGGGGACCUACUCCUGAACCUUUGUGCCAAGUAAUGCUCCGUGUAGGCGAUCUUGAUCGUUCCAUAAAUUUUUAUGAGAAGGCAUUUGGCAUGAAGCUUCUUCGUACACGAGAUAAUCCACAGUACAAGUAUACUAUAGCCAUGAUGGGUUACGGGCCUGAAGAUAAAAAUGCUGUGCUUGAGUUAACGUACAACUACGGGGUCACUGAUUAUGACAAAGGAAAUGCUUAUGCUCAGAUUGCAAUCGGCACAGAUGAUGUUUACAAAACUGCAGAGGCAGUUAGACUUUUUGGUGGAAAAAUUACCCGGGAACCUGGACCUUUACCUGGUAUUAACACCAAGAUCACCGCAUGCUUAGAUCCCGAUGGUUGGAAGACGGUUUUCGUCGAUAACAUUGAUUUCCUCAAGGAAUUGGAGUAAGUUUCAGUUGAACUCGUGUUCUUAUCCUUCAGAAAAUGAAAUUCAAAUCCAAGCUGAAAGGAUUUGUCGAAGAAAACCUCCAUAGAGAAUGGCAGCCAAUUCCGUUUGUAGAUAAAUGUUUUUGGGGUGACAAUCGGGUAGCCGUUAGAUUUGUUAAAAGCGAAGAAAUCUUUAGAUAUAAAGUGUACGUUCAGUGA